UCUGAACAUCAUUCUGCUCGGAUUUACUCUUCAGCUUCUCUUUCACCGACAUUAUGGAGAAACUCACUCGGACUCGCGGAUUAUUACACGCUGAGAUGCGACCCUGGAGACCCUGGGUCAAUAAAACCAGCAGAGGACGCAAAACUGCCACGCAUAAGCCUUAUGAAAGCCCAUCAUCUGAUGAGCAACACUGUAAAGUCUCCAUGAUCACACACCCUGUGAAGUUGUUUUGGCCCAAAUCCCAGUGUUUCGAUUACUUGUACCAGGAGGCGGAGGUUCUCCUGAGGAAUUACCCGGUUCAGGCCACGAUCUGCCUGUGUGAGGACACACACACUGAGGACACACACACUGAGGACACACACACUGAGGAUGAGGAGGAGGAUGAUGAUGAUGAAGAGGAUGAGAAGGAACUCAACUGAAGACCUUCAUCACUGUGCACAUCUUUAUUUAUAUAUGGACUCCAAAUUCUGAUUCACUUUAUUUAGUCGUUGCAUGUAAAUACUUGUGAAUAUGUACAGUAUAUAAAAUUGCUUCUGUUGGAAGUUGAAUGUAUUUUAUUUUUUUAGUAUUUAUGAUAAAUUAUUCUACAUGCUAUUCAACUGUAACUUAUUUCCUUGAAAUAAAUAUUUAAAUAU